AUGUGGCGCAUCAUCGCAACUCUGUGCCUCACUGCCGUGGCGGAGUUCACCCCCGAGCAGUUGGAUAAAAUGUCGUCUUCAAUCCAAACCACCGCAGAUCAGUUGCAGGACAAGGUGGUUUCGCUGAGCAAGGAGAUUAAUCCAUUGACCGUGAAGAUCACCAAUAUCCCCACCCAAUUGCUCGGUGCAAGUGAUGAGGAGAAGGCCGAAAUUCAAAAGGGUUACGAGGCGACCAUGACCAAAAUUUGCGGCAUCAUGGAUUCCUUGCGCAAGGUCCAGGCCGAGGUGCAAAAGGAUUCCGCGGACGCCAAGGACACCGUGGCAAAGAUCCAGGCGCAAGCGACCGACAUGGCCGGUGACCUGGAGAAGUUGAAAGAUGGCCCCACGAUGCAGCACUACCUGGGCAAGUUCCAAAAGGCCAUCGGAACCUUGGACUCAGCCGCCACUUCUGCGGCGACUUACACAAUGACCUCCAUGUGCGAGACGAAGGAUGAAGCCGCGUCUCGGUUGUACCUCCAAAUGGCUCCAGUCUCCAGUGUCAAGUUCCAUAUUCCCUCGGCUCUCCUGGGUGCUUUGGGUGCUGCGGUUCUUGGAGCCGCCUUGGUGAUCUUCCGCACCAAAUCCGCCCGCUCACCCCUGGCACUGAUGGAGGAGGGUGUGGCGUGUCAACAAAAGGUGCUUCAGCGGAACACGCAGAUGAUUUUCCUGGGACAUCAUGCAGCGCCGGAGGCUUUCUGCACGGCCAUUUCCAACAUUGGCAGAUCUGCGGUUGACCAGCAGCUGCAGGAAGCAUGUGCAAUGCGAAGUAGCUGGGAGGUCUCGACCGAGAACUCUCGACUGUCCCAUGACCUUAGGGCAGCGCGCUCUCAACUCGAAGAGGGAGAGAUUGAAGCGGCCUGGCAGGAGGAGGUAGAAUUCUGGAAAGAAGAAGUUAGCAGACUGGAGGCAGAGGUACUGGCGCUAAGACAGCGCCGGGCGGAGGCGGAAGCGAAGGCUCAGCUCAAGGUGGGCAAGGAAUCCACGGUUGUGGCACUUUCCGGAGCUGAACAGCAGCUUGCAGAGCUUGAAAGUGAGCAGGCCAGCUGCGAAGCUGCCUGUGAGAAGGCAGAGCGGCAAAAUGCCAAGCUGCGACAUAGCUUGAAGCAGAAUUCCAGCCUUGAGCGAGGUGGCGCUGCCCGUCUCUUUGUGAGCGCGUUGCCUGCACUGGAUGCUGCAGCUGUUGAGGCUGCACGGACAGCCCUGCAUGCUCACAUGCAGAAGAAACUGAGCGGCCCAAAGAGUUGA